AUGAAGCCAAAUUGCUGCAAAGCACUUCUUCUCUUGGUGCUGACGGCCGUUGGAUCUUUCGCUUUCAUACCUUCAACUCGUUCACCUCAGCUUCCGGGUCGGGCUUUGCAGUUCCUUUCCAUGUCGGAGGAAUCUACUGCGGAAUCUACGAAGCCGCCGGUACCCGUCAAAUGCCCCGACUGCGAUCUCUGCGACGGCAGCGGCCGGAUAUUGGGAGGCAUCGCCGUGGUAUUGCCCUGGUGGCCCAUUAAAGCCUACCGGCCCUGUCCCAACUUUAUUAAUCGUGGUGGAAUCUACGAACGCAGCGGACAAGGAUUAGACGAAAUUGCCUUUGGUCGCGAUUCGACUUUUCGAGGCUAA